AACAAAACGGGUCCGAUUCCUUUAAAAAAGCGGGGUCCGAUUUUGUGAUGACCGACCUGGAAGCGUAUAUGUGAUCCCCAAAAUUGUUAUCAUCAAACCCUAAAAUAGACGUGAGUUUUGGCUGCGGGUAUCACAGAGGAGCAGAGCAGAGAGCGGGCGGGAAUCAUGACAGGAAAGGCGAAGCCGAAGAAGCACACGGCGAAGGAGAUAGCAGCGAAGGCGGACGCGGCUCUGACCAAUCGCGGCGGUGGAUUGGCUGGGCUGGCAGACCGGACGGGUAAGACCAAGGGUGGGCACGCGAAGUUUGAGUGCCCGCUCUGCCGGAUCACCGCCCCGAGCCUCGCAAACAUGAAGACCCACCACGAAUCCAGGCACCCUAAGAUUGAGUACGAUGAAUCAAAGAUCGUUGACCUCCAUGCCGUUUUAGCCGCCGAAGCAUCCAGCAAGCCUAAACCCGGCGUCCGCGGCAGUCUUAAGAAGUGAUCUGGUUCGAUUAUUGAAAUUAAAAGCUUCAAUCUGUGUGAUUUACUCUUUUUGGUACUCCGUAUAUAUUAUUGCUGCUAGAAUUUCGCUAAUCAAGUCUUGUGUUAGUGUCUGUUGUCCGGAAGCUCUUGUUUUUGAAUAAUAGUCAUCGUGAUUCAUGAACUUGAGACAUACUGCUUACUACUGAUUCUCUGCGUUAGUCUUUGUUGUGAUGAUCUAGUUCCUUACUCCCUAGAUUAAGA